AGAAGAAUGGGGGCUAUCUGGGAAUUUUGAUUGUUAUGUUUGCCUGGUCCACGAAGUUAAAGUCGCGAGCAGGAGAAAAUUGCAUGCAGUCCAGAACGGGAGAAUGGUUCAAGACAUUUUGCGGAAAUAAACAAUAUUCUGCGUGUAAUCAGACACAAACACCAAUCAACAGAAGCAAUUGAAAUAUUUGGAUGGGAUUAUCCUUCUUCUGCUAGCAACAUGGAUGUUGGACUUCCAUUUCGUUCUAGCUGUGCUGAAACACACCAGGUUGACCUGAGAGUGAUCGUGAAAGAAGAAGAUAUAAAAGAUGAUGUAAAACAGGAGGAAUCUGGUCAUCUGAUUGCAUGUCCAGAUGCAGAAGAAAAGUCUACUUACAGUGCAACACUACAGACAACGGUGAAGAAGGAAGAAGAGGAGGAAGUGCGACAGCUUGGCCCGCUGAGCGUGAUGGUGAAAGAAGAAGAUAUAAAAGAGGAGGAGUAUGGUCAUAUGAUUUCAUGUCCAGAUGAAGAAGAAAAGCCCUUUGCAGAGCUUCACUGUGAAUCUCAAACAGACUGUAAAACUGAAACAGACGUCACAGAGUCACCAAGGUCUACUUACAAUGAAAUGACAACAGUGACGAUUGAAGUGAAGAAAGAAGAGCAGGUGGAGGAAGAGGAGCAUGACCAGCUGGAAAGUGUAUCAGAACACCCGCACAUAAGGCAACAGAAGAUCCAUGGACCGAAUGAUGAACUCAAAGGAAGGCUUUACCACCGCUCAGUCUACAGGAAAAGUUUAACAGCCCUUACUGAACUCGAGAAACAGCAGCAAACACACUCUCAUGGUGUUAAUCAAAGGCAGUGUACUGGCAAAAAGCAACAUAAAAAUGCCUAUUGUGGACAAGCUUUUUCAAAAAUGUCACAUCUUAAAGCCCCUUUGUUAAUACACACUAGAGGGAGGCCUCAUAAAUGUGUCAAGUGCGAUGGAGCUUUUACACAGCUCUCAACUCUUAAACGCCACAUGUUAAUACAUACUGGAGAGAAGCCUCACAAAUGUACCCGGUGUGGAAAAGCUUUUUCACAAAGGUCAGCUCUUAAAACCCACAUCCUAAUACACACUGGAGGGAAGUCUCAUAAAUGUGCCCUGUGUGGAAAAACCUUUACCCACAACUCAACUCUUAAACGCCACAUGUUCAUACAUACUGGAGAGACGCCUCACAAAUGUACCCAGUGUGGAAAAGCUUUUUCACAAAGUUCAGCUCUUAAAACCCACAUGCUAAUACACACUGGAGGGAAGCCUCAUGAAUGUGUCCGAUGUGGAAAAGCUUUUUCACAGAUUUCAGGUCUUCAAAGCCAUAUACUAAUACACACUGGAGAGAAGUCUCAUGAAUGUGCCCUGUGUGGAAAAACUUUUACCCACAACUCAACUCUUAAACGCCACACGUUAAUACAUACUGGAGAGAAGCCUCACAAAUGUACCCAGUGUGGAAAAGCUUUUUCACAAAGUUCAUAUCUUAAAACCCACAUGCUAAUACACACUGGAGGGAAGCCUCACAAAUGUGUCCAGUGUGGAAAAGCUUUUUCAACAAGUUCAGCUCUUAAAAGCCAUUUACUAAUACACACUGGAGAGAUGCCUCAUGAAUGUGCCCGGUGUGGAAAAGCUUUUAAACAUCUCUCAAAUCUUAAAACCCACAUGGUAGUACACACUGGAGAGAAGCCUCACAAAUGUACCCAGUGUGGAAAAGAUUUUACAUACCUCUCAUCUCUUAAAAAACACAUUCUUAUACAUACUGGAGAGAAGCCUCAUAUAUGUGUCGAAUGUGGAAAAGCUUUUUCAACAAGUUCAGCUCUUAAAAGCCAUUUACUAAUACACACUGGAGAGAAGACUCAUGAAUGUGCCCGGUGUGGAAAAGCUUUUAAACACCUCUCAUCUCUUAAAAAACACAUUCUCAUACAUACUGGAGAGAAGCCUCAUAUAUGUGUCCGAUGUGGAAAAGCUUUUUCGCAAUGUUCAACUCUUAAAAGCCAUUUACUAAUACACACUGGAGAGAAACCUCAUAAAUGUGCCCUGUGUGGAAAAGCUUUCAAACAUCUCUCAAAUCUUAAAACCCACAUGGCAAUACACACGGGAGAGAAGAGUCAUAAAUGUGACCAGUGUGGAAAAGCUUUUACACACAUUUCCCGUCUUAAAAGCCAUUUACGAGUACACACUGGAGAGAAAUUGCUUCAUGAAUGUGGCCAGUGUGGAAAAGGGUUUCCAUAUAUUUCUAAAUUGAAAAGACAUAUGCAAACACACUGAAAAGAGGCCUCAUAUACAGUGCCUGUAAAAAGUCUUCAGCCCCAUGCUAAGGUUGACUAAAA